UAGGCUACAUCAUUAGGUUUGAAUUGGGCAUGCUGCAGGCUAUUGGGCCUACAGCAUAUUAUGUAGGGCCUAAACUAGCAAACUUGCAACAAAACAAAAGGCAUGGACUGCCUGGGUUGUCAUUGAUAUGAAAGGAGAAAUGUCUUGUUCACAAUUCUAGUUUUUGUUUACAUAUGAAACAAACAAACAAAAAACGCCAAACUAAAGGUAUGUAACCCCUUUCCUAUAGCAAUAGAUUGCCCCCUGGUGGCAAGUUAGCGUUCAAGGCUCCAUUGGUUUGGUCUGAAUGAAGUGUAAACUCAUCCAUCGAUUGUGCUGGAUCAUUCAUACAUAUUCUAUGAUGCACUGGCUCUGAGUAAAAUAUAACUGUCCCUCCUAGCCACACACUGAAAUUAUCGCCAUUCUAGCAGCAAGUUCAUUGUAAAAGUGUCUAUGUCGCAAAAGUAACAUUUGUUUAUAGCAUUUAACUUAAGAGUUAUUUGCCUUCAUUAUACAUUUAAUUUUGUAACUGGGACAAAAUGAGCUUAGCUCUCAGUCGUGCGCCUCGGAAGACAGCGGGGAAUCGUAUGUCCAAACUGCUCGAUGCUGAAGAAGAGGACGACUUUUACAAGACAACUUAUGGUGGCUUCAAUGACGAAUCAGGAGAUGACGAAUACAAAGGCGAUUUGACUGACACAGAAGAUGAGGUGGACAGUGACUUCGACAUUGAUGAGGGUGAAGAACCAAGCAGUGAACAAGAAGAAGAUGGCCCUCGAAGAAAAUUUAGGGUUGUCACCAAGGCCUACAAGGAACCAAUCAAGGCCGUCAAACCCAAGCUCAAACCCAAGAGGCAAGCCGAACCCCCCAGGAAGACGGCCAAGGCCAAGACCGACAAGCACAAAGCCCUGGAGCCUCAGGAAGACAUCACCAAAAACAGGAAGUCUGUGCGCCAGUCCACCACGGAGCACACCCGCCUGACGUACCUGCGGCUGCAGGAGAGGCAAGUGGCCCCGCGGAGGAGGAAGAGUGCCCGGCACGAGCGACCCCUGACCCAGGAGGAGCUGCUGGCCGAGGCCAAGGCCACAGCGGAGAUCAACCUCAGAUCGCUGGAGAACUACGAGCGCCUGGAGGCCGAUAAGAAGAAACAGGUCCACAAGAGACACCAGUGCACCGGCCCCAUCAUCCGCUACCACUCCGUGCUCAUGCCUCUGGUGUCCUACGCUGCAUUCAAGGAGGAGAAUGUGGAUGUUGAAGGUUUGGACCAGGACACCCAGGGUUCCGCUCCGGUGGCCUCCCAGUCCGAGUUGUCCCUCCCCAGCAGUGCCCAGCUGCAUGCCCCCUUCGGCAGCAAGUGCUCCCGCACGUACAUCACCUUCAGCGACGACGCCACGCUCCAGUCUUGCUUCCCCCACAAGCCCCGGCCUCAGAUCCCCAUGCAGGAGGUCUGCCCCGUCACCCAUAAACCCGCCCUGUACCGCGACCCCAUCACGGACAUCCCCUACGCCAACCUCCGGGCCUUCAAGAUCAUUCGCGAGGCCUACAACAAGUACGUGGCUGCCCACGGGCUGCCCAACCCAGGGCCUGGCACGGCCCCCGCCACCACCUCCACAGCUGCUGCAGCAGUGGAGACCUUCUCAAGGGGACUGAGGCAGAAGCUCACCGUAAAGCAAGGCCUGGUUACAUCUUAGACUGAUAGAUAGAUAGAUAGAUAGAUAGAUAUUUUAUUGAUCCCCAAGGGGAAAAAGAGAUUCAAGAGACUGUCAGAUGGUGGGACAGAUGGAAGCUGAGCGAAAGGGUGGACAUAAACCUAAUUAAAGAUGGCAGACAGAAAUGAAGUAUCUGCUGUUGUAUGCUAUGUGUUGUCACUUUGUUAUCACUGUGCUACUGUGAGUUUUAAAGACAGUUCAAGCUGAAUGUAUAUUUCUGUAAGGAAUGAGGGUAUUAAUGUAAAUUUGGCCAUAGUGGAAUGUUUUUGUCUAUUGGUCGUAUUUAGUUUGAAUUUUAAUUGUAUGACAUUUAGUUAAUGUGGAUGUCUGCAGUGUUUUGAUUCUAUACCUUGUAUUUAUGAAAUCCUUUCUACAAAGUAAUAAUAAUUGUAUUACAUGAAAGCUCCCAGUGUUACGCAAAUGGUCUAAUCAAGUCUACUUAAUGUUUGUAUAUCUUGCCUGAUUUUCCAAUUGGAGUAUGGAGUGACUUUUGUUUUGUCUUUAAUUCAGAGGUCAAGAAUGAUCUGUUUUACUUGCGUGUGCUACAAAAGAUGAGUCUUCACUCUGGCAAACAGAGCCCUCUCUCUCUCUCUCUCUCUCUCUCUCUCUCUCUCUCUGUGGGGUUGUGGUGCCGCGUGUAGAAGGAGUCCAGCAAGCUAGCCAAGAUGUCCAAGGGCGACCCACGGGACAUUGAUGAGGAU